CGGGAGACUGUGGCCUACUCUAAGAAGCAAGGAAGUGGCUUGGUAGUGUUUUAGCUCCUGGUGGCUGAAGACUUGGUGCCCCGAGCAGCUCAGGGUUUUGGAAAGACUUAAAAGGUACUUGGCUCAAGACUUUACUGCAGAGCCCCUCGGCAGCUGGCCACUGUCCCAAGAGAAUGCCCACAUCGGCCUCCUCCUGUGUGUGCAGCUGAGUCAGGGGCUGCCGUUAACUUGGGAUUGCUGUGUCUCCUUUCAGGGGAGGCUGGCCAGAAUGGGGGACGCCAGAGACCUCUGCCCUCACCUGGACUGCAUAGGGGAGGUGACCAAAGAGGAUUUGCUGCUUAAAUCUAAGGGAACCUGCCAGUCAUGUGGGGUUGCUGGACCUAACCUAUGGGCUUGCCUCCAGGUCACCUGCCCCUACGUUGGCUGUGGAGAGUCUUUUGCUGACCAUAGCAGCAUUCAUGCCCAGGUGAAAAAGCACAACCUGACUGUGAACCUGACCACGUUCCGGGUCUGGUGCUACGCCUGUGAGCGCGAAGUCUUUCUGGAGCAGCGUAUGGCAGUCCACCUGCCCAGCUCCUCAGCCAGGCUCUCAGAGCAGGACUCCCCACCACCCUCCCACCCUCUGAAAGCUGUCCCUAUUGCUGUGGCUGAUGAAGGAGAGUCUGAGUCUGAGGAUGACGACCUGAAGCCGCGAGGCCUCACAGGCAUGAAGAACCUGGGAAACUCCUGUUACAUGAAUGCUGCCCUGCAGGCCUUGUCCAAUUGCCCCCCGCUCACCCAGUUCUUCCUGGAGUGUGGUGGUCUGGUGCGCACAGACAAGAAGCCAGCCUUGUGCAAAAGUUACCAGAAGUUGAUCUCUGAGGUGUGGCACAAGAAGCGGCCAAGCUAUGUGGUCCCCACCAGCCUGUCCCAUGGGAUCAAGUUGGUCAACCCGAUGUUCCGAGGCUAUGCCCAGCAGGAUACCCAGGAGUUCCUACGCUGCCUAAUGGACCAGCUUCAUGAGGAGCUCAAGGAGCCCAUGGUCGCUGCUAUGGUAGCACUCACCGAUGCUCGGGACUCCGAUUCCAGUGACACAGAUGAGAGGCGUGAUGGCGACCGGAGCCCGUCAGAGGAUGAGUUUCUGUCCUGUGACUCGAGCAGUGACAGGGGUGACGGUGAUGGGCAGGGGCGUGGUGGAGGCAGCUCAAAGGCCGAGAUGGAGCUGCUGAUCUCAGACGAGGCGGGCCGAGCCAUCUCUGAGAAGGAGCGGAUGAAGGACCGCAAGUUCUCCUGGGGCCAGCAGCGCACCAACUCAGAGCAAGUGGAUGAGGAUGCAGAUGUGGACACGGCCAUGGCUUCCCUUGAUGAGCAAUCCAGAGAGGCCCAGCCACCAUCACCAAGGUCUACCAGCCCCUGCCAGACCCCAGAACCAGACAAUGAAGCCCACAUACGCAGCUCCUCUCGUCCCUGCAGCCCUGCUCACCACCACCACGAGGGCCACUCCAAGCUGUCCAGCAGCCCUCCUCGUGCAAGCCCUGUGAGGAUGGGGCCGUCGUAUGUGCUCAAGAAAGCCCAGGUGCCAAGCACUGGUGGCCGGAGGCGGAAGGAGCAGAGCUACCGCAGUGUCAUCUCAGACGUCUUCAAUGGCUCUGUCCUCAGCCUGGUGCAGUGUCUUACCUGUGACCGGGUGUCUACCACAGUGGAGACAUUCCAGGACCUGUCAUUGCCCAUCCCUGGCAAGGAAGAUCUAGCCAAACUCCACUCUGCCAUCUACCAGAAUGUACCAGCCAAGCCAGGUGCCUGUGGGGACGGCUAUUCCUCCCAGGGCUGGCUGGCCUUCAUCGUGGAGUACAUCAGACGGUUUGUAGUAUCCUGUACCCCCAGCUGGUUUUGGGGACCUGUUGUCACACUAGAAGACUGCCUCGCUGCUUUCUUUGCUGCUGAUGAGCUGAAGGGUGACAACAUGUACAGCUGUGAGCGGUGUAAGAAGCUUCGGAAUGGCGUGAAGUACUGUAAAGUCCUAUGUCUGCCUGAGAUUCUGUGCGUCCACCUGAAGCGCUUCCGGCAUGAGGUGAUGUACUCCUUCAAGGUCAGCAGCCAUGUCUCUUUCCCCCUCGAGGGACUGGACCUACGCCCUUUUCUGGCCAAGGAGUGCACGUCCCAGGUCACCACCUAUGACCUCCUCUCUGUCAUCUGUCACCAUGGCACAGCAGGCAGUGGGCACUACAUUGCCUACUGUCAGAAUGUGAUCAAUGGGCAGUGGUACGAAUUCGAUGACCAGUACGUCACCGAGGUCCAUGAGACGGUAGUACAGAACGUGGAGGCCUAUGUGCUGUUCUACAGGAAGAGCAGUGAGGAGGCCAUGCGUGAGCGGCAGCAGGUAGUGUCCCUGGCUGCCAUGCAGGAACCCAGCCUGCUCCGCUUCUACGUGUCCCGAGAAUGGCUCAACAAAUUCAACACCUUUGCCGAGCCAGGGCCCAUCACCAACCACACCUUCCUGUGCUCCCAUGGAGGUAUCCCACCCAACAAAUACCACUACAUUGAUGACCUGGUGGUCAUUCUGCCGCAGAGCGUCUGGGAGCACCUGUACAGCAGGUUUGGGGGCGGCCCUGCUGUGAACCAUCUGUAUGUGUGCUCCAUCUGCCAGGUGGAGAUUGAGGCCUUGGCCAAGCGCAGGAGGGUGGAGAUUGACACUUUCAUCAAGCUGAACAAGGCGUUCCAAGCUGAGGAGUCUCCUGCGGUCAUCUAUUGUAUCAGCAUGCACUGGUUCCGAGAGUGGGAGGCCUUCGUCAAGGGGAAGGACAGUGAGCCUCCCGGGCCCAUCGACAACAGUAGGAUUGCCCAGGUCAAAGGCAGUGGCCAUAUCCAGCUAAAGCAGGGGGCUGACUGUGGCCAGAUUUCUGAGGAGACCUGGACCUAUCUGAGCAGUCUGUAUGGGGGCGGCCCUGAGAUUGCCAUCCGGCAGAGUGUGGCCCAGCUCCCAGACCCAGAAAGUUUGCAUGGAGAGCAGAAGAUUGAGGCUGAGACCCGGGCUCUGUGACUUGGGCCAUGCUGUGUUGCUGUGGCUGGCCCUACUCCCUCUCCAGACAGCCCUGCAUCCCUCUGAAGGCUGUGUCCUGCUGAGUGCCCACUGUCCCUGAAGGCUGGUGUUCGACAUUUCCCCAGAGGGUGUGUCUGCCCUGCAGCUGAGCUGCUGUGUGCCUGGUACAGAGGCUGAGAGCGGCUGGUCCGCCCUGAGAGAUGCUGUGCUGGGAAAUAUAUUCGCUCGGACUUCUGAGGACUCUGACUGUCAUCGCUGUGUCCCCAAAUUUGCCCUCUUGCUAACUUGGGCCCAGCUUUUGUCCCAGGAGCCCCAUGCUGCCCCUUAGGUAAUGCUGACCCCUGGGAUGGGGGGCUAGGAGCAGCUGCAACCUUUUGGGUAUUAUCUGCUGUAUACUUGGCCCAACCCCUUGGGGACUCAGAGAAGUAGAUGUCUACACACAGGGGCAGAAUGGAUGCAGGGCUCUUUGUGUAGGCCAGCAGCCCCUAUAUCAUGAUGGAGGCCCCUGCUGCCCGUGUUUGUUCUGUUGACUAUUGUAGUGGGACAGAGAAAGGGCAAGCUUUGCUUUAGAGGGUAGAGGACCUGCUACCUUGUCCUGCUGAGACCACUGGCAGAUCAACUGUCAUUUGCUCUGUGAAGCAGCUCCUAAGACCCUGGGGGGAGGGAAAACAGAUACCUCAUGCACUGGCCCACUGUUUGCUGCUUCUUCAUCCCUCUGUGCGGUCUAGAGUGAGCCUGGUCCCCUAGCCACCCCCUAGCCUUGGUGUCUUGAGCCAAUUCUGAGAUGUGAUCUGUGGCCACUCACACAGGCAUGUGUCCUGCUAGGCUGCUGCAGAGGUCCUGGGACCUGCUGAGCCUAGAGAGAUUGUCCUAUGUCUGAGAUCCUGGAGAAACCUAACAGAACUUCCAGAGCAGGGUGUUCAAAGCUAAGUCUGGAGUGGUGAGGGGGGAGCCUGGGACCAAGAGGGCUCCAGUGGCCACCUGUCUCUUCAGAAGUGGGUACCAGCAGCUCAUCCCCAAAGGCCUGGGUAUUUAGUGUCCCACUGUGGUAGGUGGCAAGUGGGUCCAUGGCCGGCUGCUGCUGGGACGUGCCCUGUUGGCUGCCAUCUUUUGAAGUCUCUGUUGUAGAGCCCUUAGCUCAUUGCACUACUGUGACGCAGUCUGGUCUGUGUUCAGAAUGUCACAAUAAAUACUUGUUCCUCUCCUGUCCCUAGCUUGUACUGUGACACUGUGGUGUCUGCCUUCAGUGGUGAUGAACACAGCCAGAGACCCUGUGAAAGCUUCUGGCAAGAGCUGGUGGAACACUUGAAAUACCAACUGUGUCUUUACCCCACCAACCACACAGAGGGCCCAGCAGGGAUGUGUUAGUGGCCAGCACAUCCCACAUGUUGGCUUCCCAACUCCAGACCCAUCUAUAUUUGCUUUCUGGGGGAAGAAGAAUUAAGAGUUUGUAUCACUUUAAAAGCAUUGAGUUAGGGACUUGGGGUGUAGCUCAGUGGUCAAGCCUGUGAUGGGUCCCACGUUUAAUCAGUUCUGUGUGGGAGAGUUGACUGUGGCCAUUGAUGUCCCACCAUACUAAAGGGCUUAGGAGCACAGAAUAGAAACCAAGGUUAAAACCUUUCCAAAGCCAGAAGCAAUGAUGAUCUCCUCUAGACCAGCGUUGGCAAGGCAGAGGGAGGAGGGUCAGGAGUUCAAGAUCACUCUCAGCUGCAUAGUGGGCUGGAGGCUAGCCUGGGCUAUAGACUUCAUCUCAAAACAAACAAAAAGUCCAUUAAACCAAAAACCACCUGUAGAACUGGGAUGUGCCUCUGUUGAUAGAGAAUCCAUCUAUCUGAUAUGCAUGGAACCCUGGGUUCAGUCCCCACCACUUAAUCCAGGACUGGUGGAACCAGCUUGAGAUAGAAACUACAGGAUGAGGCAGAAGGGUCAACCUUGGCCACCUGAUGAAACGAGGAGGCCGGUCUGGACUACACGAGCCCCUGUGCCCCGCCUCUGUUUACAUGUAACAAGUUACUACCUGUGGGUGGCUUCCCAAGGUGAAAUUCUGUCUGGAGUUAUUUCAGGGGCUUGGUAACUGUGGGAAAAUGAGCAAGCUAGAGAUGACCCCAAUUUGCCUCAACAUACAUCUGUAGUUUUUCUUGAAAUAAAUACUCAGCUCUUAAGAUGCUCUGGUGAACCUAUCUAGCAACUCAACUAGUUGGUAGCUAUUUACCCAAGCUGAGACACACAGGAAGUUCCUGGGGCCUGGAAGGUGGGACCAGUUUCCCAGCCCUAGGGCAGGUUCUUUGAGGAGGAGUCUGGGAAGGAUGGUGCCUCUCUGUAGAAGCAGGUGACCAUC